GGAAGGGGAAAGUUAGGUGAAGGCAUUUUGCAUUUAAAUACUAUACCACGUGACUCCUAGUAACAUGAGAUGUAAGACUAUAGUGGCAUUACAGUGUGGAAGCAUUCUGCUUGUAACCUCUGUCACAUCAUGGGAGACUCUGUGAAGAGCACACAUAGCUGAGAUGAAUGCUGGAAUAGCAAGCGCACUUGUGGCUCUGCAACUCUUCAUUCAGACUGCAACCACAACCAAACUGGUGUGUUAUUUCACCAACUGGUCACGGUACAGACCUGACGUGGGAAGAUUCCUGCCUGAAAAUGUGGAUCCUUUCCUGUGCACCCACCUGGUUUAUGCCUCUGCGACCCUCGACCAUACCAACGAGAUCACCGAAUAUGAGUGGAACGAUAACCUCUACGAAUCAUUCAAUGAGCUUAAGAACAGAAACCCAAGACUGAAGACCUUGUUGUCAGUCACCGAGUUUGAGGACGACAGAUCACAAUUCUCUACCAUGGUGUCCAAAUCUGCCAACCGUCAGACCUUCAUCCAAUCUACCAUCACAUUUCUGAGGACUCAUGGAUUUGACGGCUUGGACCUGGCCUGGGUGUAUCUCGGUGCUCCUGGAAGUCCUGCAGAGGACAAGCACAGGUUCACCCUGCUCUGCAAGGAACUUUCAGAGGCCUAUGAAGCUGAGAGCAAUGGAGGCAGUCACCCACGGCUCACUCUCUCUGUGGCUGCAGCAGCACUUCCAGAUGUUAUUGAUGCAGCAUAUGAAAUCACUGAAAUGGCAAAGUAUUUGGAUUUCAUCAGUGUAAAAAUGCUUGACCUGCAUGAUGAUCAAGAGGGAACAACAGCCCACCACUGUCCACUCUACUCUAACAACAAUGCUAACAUAGAUUAUGUGAUACAGUACUGGUUGGAGCGAGGAGCCCCAGCAGGGAAGCUGUUGCUGGGUUUUUCCACCCGCUCCCGUUCUUUCAAACUCUCCACCAGUGCAACAGACCUGGGUGCUCCGUACAGUGGCCCUGGUGACCCGGGGCCCUACACCCAGUGGAGGGGCAUCUGGUCUUACUACGAGACCUGCUCUUUCCUGAAAGGUGCCUCAGUUCAGUGGAUCGACACUCAGAAAGUUCUGUACGCUGUCAAAGGCAGUCAGUGGGUGGGCUUUGACAACCAGACCAGCUAUGAUGCUAAGGUGGAGUAUCUGAAGAGCAGGCAGCUGGGUGGAGCUGCUGUGUGGACACUGGACAUGGACGACUUCUCUGGACAGUUCUGUAAACAGGGCAAAUAUCCACUGAUAUCGUAUCUAAAACAUCAACUAAGUGAAGACUGGACAAAUCAGGGGACAACUUCUGCAGGAACUCCCCCCACAGCCUCGCCUUCUCCUUCUCAAAGUACUCAACACACACAGGAGCAUAUCACCAGCACCAGCGGCACUACCACAGCGAAACAGGACAGUUGCUUCCAUUACAUCACUGUCGCGUAUCCUGACAGUGACUUUUGCACACGCAAAGCUGAUGGAUUAUAUGAAACCUCACAUGAACCAAAGACAUUGUACACAUGUGUGCAGAGGAUGACAUACAUCACAAGGUGCCACAUGGAGACAGAUCACAACAGCAAAGAGCAAAUGAUGCCAUCAAAGACUUUAGUUGUAGUCAGCGUUGUAACAGCCACUCAGUUCUACCUCUUAUGUUUGUGGAGUGACAGGUGAAUGUUCACAGUGUUUUCAGUCUGCUUUUUCAUACAUCACCUCUAUUACUGUAGACUUGUGUAACUGUGACAAACAACUUGAAUCAAACCGUUAAGGAACCACUGUAUGUGCGAACCGGUGUGCUGCAGCUAGAUUUCCCUGUCCUUGGUUAGAAUCUGUAGGAGACAAGGAUGUAUAAAUAAAUUUGAAUCUAUUUUUACAUUGCAAGUACACCGGGCCUCAUGUGUACAAAUGGUGGCAUUACAAGGCUGAAGUCCACUAUUUUGAACUAUAUCCAGGUGCCACAAUGAACAUGUGUGGCAAUCUGAAACAACAUAUAGCAAUAAGGAAUAUAAAGCAAUAUGUAUAAUUACCUGAAGGAAAAGCAACUUCUGAGUCUAACAAGGCACAAGCAUGUCGGAUUCAGGCCACCUACAUCAACAUACUGUUUACUGUCUUUUACUGACCUCUACUGGCUAAUCAUGUGGCAUUUAGUCAUCUUAAAUGAAAUUAAAACAACAAGGUUGAUUAAAUCGUAACUAUGAACAUAUACUAUGGCUUACACAUACUGAAACAAAGCUUAAAUUAAGUGAUAUUACCACUCUAUAUGUUCAAACACUAGGCCUGUGGUCAUUGGAUCCAUAUCCACCACCAGCGUGAUGUGGCCCAUUCCACUUUCCAUGAGUGGGGGGUUUUAUACACAAACUCAGUCAAAUACUCAUAUGGGAUAGGGCAACAUGUUUGAACAUGGGGCAUUUCAAAGCUACAAUUGAGAAAACCAAACUUUUGUGUGUCUAGUGGUAUGUGGUUAGUGGUUCUGUAUGAUCUCUGUCAUAAAAGAUGCAGCAGUAUCUAGAUGUUAAUAAGGACGCAGGUGCUUUUUCUAUGCAUCCCUUUGUGUAGAUACCAUGGGAAAACUAUUCCUAUCUGUUUACAUAUUCAAUGACGCAGGUUCUUUGUGUUGUAAACCAAGUCACAAAGCCCCAAAGUGAAAGACCCAUUGGAGACAAUGACUGAUGUGAGUGAUCAUUGGAAUUGCCUUUGCUAGUACAAGGAGAAAUCCCAUUGGGAACAGCCCCAACUCUACUGUUCCUGUCUGUCUCAUUACUGGUCCUCCAUGUGGACAAACAAUGUCAAUCAAUCAAUCAAUCAAAACAUGGGUUAUUACAUUUAAAAAUAAAAUAUUUCACAAUUCCACUUAGCUUUGGGGGCUGGAGUAGAAAUGUGUCCAGGAGACAAUGUUGUGUUUAAAAAUUAUUGAAAUGGGUGUUUUAUGUAUGGAAUGCUAUGUCGUAAGCCAAAUAAGUUGGAGCAGUAGGGUAUAGCACACUGAUACAUUGGAUUCACUGUAAGAGGGUAGUUAGCAAUGAACUGAAUUUUAUAUACAUAAAUGACAUGUAUCAUUAACAGUGACUCAAUAUGUCAGCAAUAAUAUUGUUCUCAAUGUUAGCUGGUUGUACUAUCAGCAACCUGGCAAAUUGCUGACGAAACCAGAUUAUUUCUAAUUUCGGGAAAAUUGUAUUUUGAAGUUGAAUGUCAAAUAUUGUUAUAGUGUUUACGUUAAUAUAUUCAUAAUGUGCUAUUGAUUUGAUGUAUUGUUCAAAGAUGUUCACAUUGCCAAUUAAUGUGAUCACUAAUGAUCGUCGCUAUGAUGAGGUAAUGACAUAAUCAUAAUGAUGGUGGUGGUGGCAAUGAGUGUUGUACA